UUCCAUCAGUGAGUGAAUUAAAAAUGAAAAUUACCGUGUUGUUUCCUGUCGUAGCGAUCUUGCUUCAUUUACUGGUAUCAGUUGUGGAAGUGGGAGCUAAGCCCAAUAAAAUUCUAAAAAAGCAGGAUAUGCCAGAUAAACAGUUUCAGCUGACUUCUAGAUUUCAAGAUGGUAUAAUAGAAGACACAGAUGGCGAAAGUCCCUAUCUUAUGUAUGUUACUGGAUACUUAAUAACGACAACUCGACAAUUGCUUACAACUUCUACCACCGAAUUGGAGUAUCGGAAAUGUACUGGAAGUCUUAUUACACCAUGUUGGACCUUAACGUCAGCUAUGUGCUAUUUUUAUCCAGACUUAUUGUCAGAUAUGCAGAGUUUUGUGUACGUAAUAAGAGGAGGAUACACAGAUGAAGACACUCCUGAUGAAAAUAUUCAGUAUAUCAAUGCUACAACUUGCGAUGCAUACGUACAUCCAUUUUAUGAUGAAAUGAACAGAGAUUUUAAUGUUCUCUUACUAAAUGCGUGCUUCAGGAUAGAUAACUUUGUGAAACCAAUUCCGGUACAUGAUAUAGUGCCUAGAGAUACGAUAGAUGAACUGUUAGACUAUGAAGAUGAAGAUGCCUUUUUUAUGGUCUAUGGAUUUGGAUCGGCCAGUGGUAAUGGGGAUGUUAUGUCAUAUGCAGGUGUAUUAUUCAGUCAGGACUUCGAAGAUUGUCUAUCAGAGAUUCCCGACAUGCCUCUUUCAAAUGGUUGCGCUCAAAUCGUUGGAUUGCUUAAUGAACCUUUAGUAUGCUCUGGUGAUGUCGGUGGACCAUUAGUGGUACAUCUGCCAUUAACAGGAGCAAACACUAUCGUCAUGCUAGUUGGAGUAGUGUCGUUUCCACCUAGCAGGGAAUACGAUGCCGCUUGUGGUAAUAUUUCAUAUGAAGAUGACAAUGAUCAAACUGUUAAUCUUUUCACCUUUGAAGACAUGGAAUCUAUUUCUGAUUGGGUAUGGAAUACAAUUCAAAAGUGUGAUAGUCAAUGUUGUAAUAACGAUAAAACACACAAGAAUAUUUUGGGCAUUUAAUAAAAAACACAAAUGAACUUUGAA